CACGAGGACAGCGAGCCGUCGGGGCGCGAGCUGCUCUCGGGGCCCCAUCACGGCAGCGGGGCUGACCACGCCCCACGGCUGAAGCGUCUCGUCUCGAGUCGAAUGAGGCUGUUGUGGCUGUUCGUUGUUACGCUAGUGGAACCAUUCGUCGAUGGACUCACGGCUAGGGGUCCUUCAGCAGUACUACAUGUGCAAAGUGCCCGGACUUCCGCAGCACAUCCAUUGCAUGCUUCCGACGAGGUUACACUAUGGUGUGCACCUGAUAAUCCGCAGAUUACCAUCCGGAAAGCGUGGUUCGUCCGAAAACGUGAUAAGAAGCGUUUGGAAGCACAUUUAAGUGCAAAUAAGAAAAAUGCCACCCUCACAUUCACAUCACCAGUCAUUGGAGAUGCUGGCGAAUACACAUGUGAAUUGGACACACAACAUGGACGUUUAAGCACACAUAUUCAUCUCUAUGCUCGACCUAUAUCCGUCACAGACAAUGAUCAUAUUGUCGUCAAAGACAACGCUAAUAGCAAUGAGUUCCAUUUGGAAGCCGAGCGUCGAUAUGUUCAGCGAGGGAAUCCGGUAAACAUCACUUGUCCAGUGUUCGGUUAUCCUACACCAGGGAUCAAAUGGACGAAGGAUGGGAGUCCAUUAGAGCUCAGCGACAAAGUUAGCCUUGAAGGGAUUGCAGUGCAAAUAUCUGAGGCUGACUAUAAACAUGCUGGUCUUUAUGUAUGUGAAGCAAUAAACGAAUACACAGCUGGUGGAAAAACUAGUAAACCAUUAGUGGUUAUUGAAAGGAUAUUAGACGUGAAAAGCGAAUUAGCUUGGAUAUAUCCACUGAUUGUCAUAUUCGUUAUAUUACUCCUAUUAUUCAUUAUUAUUGCGUUCUGUGAAGUUAGGAAACGACGACUGAACAAGCAGUUACGGUACCACGCCCAAGAGUAAAUUCCUACAACGAAGAGCGCUCCAUUUGCUGACUGCCUCAAUACUGCUCAUGGCCUUGUCUGAUUAUUCACGAUGCUUUCAGUACUUUCCGC